AAACAGUUGCUUGCAACAGGCGUUGCUUGCAGUAAUUAGCUAGCUCAAACCUACAGAGUAUUUUGGUUGCUUGCUUCUGGUGACCCGUCCCGCGUUAAAUAUAAUUAUCGAACGACCGUUUAAUUAUAUAUAUAUUUUUUCGAACGACCGUUUGAAAACUGAAAUUGUUGUUUUUUGAAAAUGGAAAUUGACAACAAAAUGUUGUCAUCAUUUCGAUCGCUAACGUAUCCCACUUUCCCAACUCUGUCUGACCAUUUAACAUUAGCUAGCUAUCUUUACUUUAUGUGAUUUGCUCGACCACAACUUGUAAUCAAGGAUAUGCCUAGAAACGACCGCAACAAUAAAGAUGUCAAACGAGAAAGGAAAAGGAAAGUUAACAUAGAAUCAAAGGGAACAGUUACAGUAAUCAACGGAGGACAAGAGAAAGUUAAACGUAAACCGCCAGUAAAACCACCGGUCAAGUCACCGGUGAAGCAGCAAACAAAGCCAGUAAAAAAUCCAGGUGGUCGGGGCCUUGGGAAAGCAGGGGCUAGACGUUUGGGUCAGCUAUUGAAGCGUGCAAUCCAAGAGAAGAACAAUGUUACAGGAAACGAAAAAGUGCCUUUGCCAACGACCCCAGUUCGCCUGUUCAAGUACCAGACACAGGCAGAGGCUGCAUCUGCACCCAAAACCAACGAUGCAAGGCGUGUGGCUACCCGGGUCUCCCAGCUCAUCCUUCGGGUAGUCUCCCAGUGCAAGCACCGGGGUGGCAUCUCCAUGGUGGACCUCAAGCAUGCCCUGGCUGCUGGUGGCUAUGAUGUCACCAAUAACAACACCUGUGUGAACUUAGCAGUGAAAGGCCUGGUGAGGAAGGAGACACUGGUGCAGACUACUGGAGCUGGUGCAUCUGGGUCAUUUAAACUCAACAGAAAGAAACUGACGUAUGAGAAGAGAGUUAAGACAAGAGCCAUGAGAGACCGUGCAGCAGUCGAGAGGGCCAAGCAGAGAGAACGUGCAGCAGCCCAGAGAACCAAGCAGAAAAAAACUACUAAACCAACAGGAAAAGCUUUGAAACCAGGAGCUAAACCAACAGGAAAAGCUCUGAAACCACCAGGAAAAAUAACUAAACCAGCACGAAAAGCAGUGAAACCAGCAAGAAAACCAGCUCGCAAGGACAAAACAGUUGUAGAAAAGGCUCAAAGGGAAAUAGGAGAUAGACCAAAACAAGUAGGCAAAAGCCACAAACCAGCAGGACAAGCAUCAAAAUCACCAGCCAACGUCCAAAAAACAGGCUGCAAAGCCCCUAAACCUGCAGGAAAGGCCUUGAAAGCAGCCAAUCAGAAAACUCGCAAAAUGGUUGUAACCCCCAAUACAAAGCCACAGAUAAAACAACCUAGGGUUGCCAAAAGACGUGCGUCCUUGUUGAAAUGGACCGAGAGUAUGGACUAAAAGAGUAAUAUGUCAGUAGUAGAUUUAGGUCAAACUACCGUAACCUUACAAUGUUAUAUUUUGUCAAUCAAAUCAUAUUGUUAUUGGUUAUUAUAUUAUUACUCACAAAUUACAUGUAUAUCGAGUGAUUAUUCAACCAGUAUUACAUAAAAACAUGUUUUGUCCCCAU